AUGUCGGACUCGCAGACUGUCCAGGAUCGUCUGGAUCGUCUGCGGGAGCUGGAGGAGUUCACUGAGAACUGUAAGAAGCAGCUGAACGACAUCUUUGAGACGCUGGGAUGGUCACCGCACUGCAAGCAGGAGGCCAUGGAGCAGUGUCCGUAUGACCCCGGCCACAGAGUCCCAGUCAGGACUAUGGAGAAACACAAAGCCUCCUGCCUCCUCAGAAAGAUGGGCUACUCAGCGGAGGAGCAGGCAGAGAUGUACGACCCGUCUGUGUGUUAUGAGAACAGCAGCGUUCAAAGCUUUACCAUGGACAAAUCCGUGCAGCACCAGGUGAUCCUCCAGGCGAGAUCUGCCGCACCGCUGAUGAGGAUGGAAGGAGUCUUCUGGCAAGGUCAGUACUCCGGCCAGCCCGUCGAUGUUCCUCAGAACCACAAGCGAGCUGUGUGUGAUCUCACCGUGGCCGACCGCUUGGCUCUGUACGACCACGUGGUCGGCGUCCUCAGCCAACAGAAAGAAGCGGCCUCCUCUUGCAACGAUGAUCUCUACGUGGACUUGGUGUCCAAACUUCAGAGGGAUGACGAUCAGAACGAACCGAAGACUCAUCUGGAGCUGAUGGCAGAGAUGAGGGACUACAAGAGGCGGCGUCAGUCCUACCGGGCCAAGAACGUUCACAUCACCAAGAAGUCCUACACUGAGGUGAUCAGAGAGGUUAUCAACGUCCACUCAGAGGAGCUUGCCAGACAGUGGAGAGAGGACGAGGCGGAGGAGUCGUCGACACGAUCUGCACACUCCUCCCACAGGCGCCGCUUGGAUGAAAGGAGAUCAGCGUCCUCAGAGUCUCACCAGUCCCACAGCAGGAGCCACCGCAGCCUGGAACGAAGCCACGACGGAGACAGCAAGAAGAAGAAAAAGAAGAGGGACAGGGAUUCCCGUUCCCCCAGUGAGCACCACCACGACCGAAAGAGGAAGAAGAAGAAGAAGAAAGAGGAGAGAGAGAAGGAGAAGUGAGGCAACGUGAACAUUUUGAGCUUUUUGUGCUGCGCGUCAUUUUUAGCGUUUAACUCUCAAACAGACUCCGCCUACCUCUGCCUGAUUGGCUGAGAGUGGUUUCCAACUACAGACAAACUUGGAAUGUUGGUCAGUAGUGUCAUAGCUGGCAUACCUUUACUGCGGGGUCAAAGGUCACAGGAUUUCUCCACUCUUUAGGGAGAAAUGGAAAUCUUUUAAUUUGAAAUUUGGGUUUUUUUAAUGUGCGAGUGUGUGAUUUGUGUAAAAGAUGCAGCAGAGCGUCUGCACCGCUGACGUCUGAGUUGACGAUCAGCAACGAUUCAGUUUCACGUGUGGUCAAAAGAUUCAGUGAAUGUGUAAUAAAGAGUUAAAAGUG